AUGCCCAACCUCGACCUUAACCAGCUGCCCACUGCCAUUCUCGUCAACAUAUUUGCCACUCUAUGUCGGGAUAUACUUCACAAAUAUGCUCUUAUUUCUAACUAUUGGGAGGUAAUGGACAUAGCCACCGUGUGCCGUCUCUGGAAUUACUACAUCCCGUCAUUCACAUAUCGCUCAAUUUUCGUACAACGGAAGAUAUCGAAUCAUUAUUCUGAGCAGCACCGAAAGGAAGUCGAGAAGGUAGUGUGGUUCUCCAAUAUCGGCUCCAUCACGUACCAGCAAAAGCGGCGCUAUGCGACUGAUCUAUGUGUGGUCAUGAAUGAUGAUUAUACUGGCCCUCUCCUGCUCCCAGACGCACUUACCUCCUUUGGCCUCAUAUAUCCAACCUUCUGCCAUUUGGAAAAGCUUCAUUUUUUUGGCAGAGGCAUCCUUAGGUCUGGAACCGACGAGCGCACCCCUGACAUAAUUGGAGAUGCAGUGGCGUUUUGCAACUUUCUUUAUUUUCACUUUCGCGGCCUGACUAGCAUUAAGCUAUCCCCAAUAAUCAUUCUCCCCGCGGACCACACUACUGAAGAACACAACGUACCAGCUGUCCCAACAUCACCUGUGUUUACUCUCUCCCCAUGCUACCCUUUGUUGUUCCAGUUCUAUUUCGAACAUCUUCCCUAUUUUUAUUGCGUGAAGCCAGUAUCUUUGUUCAUUCACCAGCCGGCAACACUAUAUAUAACUACCCUGGUGCUAGACUUGCGCUGCAUAAAUCGGCCCGAGAAUUUGUUUUUUUCCGACUUCAAUGCUCUGGAGACGAUUAGAUUCCUCAACAUACAUGAGCAGGUUCCACUUUUUGGUCUUUUGCCUUAUUCCGCUGAGAGACCGGUUCUCCCCAAUUUGAAGAUUCUCCAGCUUGAAUUUAAAGAGAUACACGGUGCGCAGCAGCGAACUUUGGUGCAGCCUGCGUCGCUUUUACAUUCGUGCCCGAAACUCUCAGAGCUGCUCAUUAGUCGGUCCACCAGGAUUUACCAGGAUCUGUAUUCGUCAUUCAGGGACGCUCCACUAAGGACACUGUCUAUUAAUGAAGAUCAGCGCACGCUCCUUCAUAUUGACACAGGAAUCAUCCGCAGCAUCGACUGCCUACACCUGGAAACAAUUAAACCUGACGAGGGCAACUGGUGGGAUGAUCCUAUACAUUAUGUAUCCCGCUUUUAUUCUACAGAGUCUGCUGUACGCCGUGCUCAUCUGGGCAUAACUGUGCCUUUCCCAACCCACAUUUGCUGGUACAAUUUGGUGUCUCUAUCGCUAACUACGGAUGUGGCAACCGUGACCCUAAUCGUUCGUCUACUGAAGCAGCUAAUUAUUCUGAAGUACCUCCGGAUCAUGUGUAUAACAAUGAACCCACAUGAUUCUGACGUGUAUUUCUGGGGCUCAAACGACCGAGAGGCUGAUAUCUGUGCUGCCACUGAGCCAACUGUUGUCGAUUCUGCGCGCUUGGAUGGUCCACCGGAUACGGGAAGCAUUGAAGCUAUCACCCACAGUCUGCAAGUCUUUGCUAUUGACACUCCAAGUCAUUUUGACGAUGAGUCUGUAUUGAAAUUAACUCUUUUCUUGCCAUCACUUCAGACACUUUUCGUUGCCGCUGAAUAUUUGGAUAAAGUUGGAAGGACCAUGAGCAUAAUCAAUCCAGGUGUUUCUGUAUCUAACAUUAGACAGGCUGACCGCUAUUUUAAUAUCGAUUUUUGCGAAUAA